UUCUGUUAUGGCUUCUAACUGUUUUGAUGGUUCAACUUGUCAAUUAUAUUAUUCAUCCUCUCAAUUACGUGAGGAAGCUACAAUGCAAAGCAAGCAAGCCAUGGAGACCAACAGUAGUGCCGCCUCCCCAAACUCAUCAGCGUUAUCCGACUCUACUAACCAACCUGCAGCUGCAUCAUAUUUUGCCAGCUCCAUGUAUAGCUCCAUUUUCCCGCAAAAGUUCACUCUUCCAAGUUCCCUUUCUCUAACGCCCUCAACGCUCUCCGAUGACGACGGCGACCACCACGACGAUGACUGCAACACCAUGCACCGCCUCGGUCAAGCUCAGCUCGUUCUAGAGUGCGAGGAGCUUCGCAACCACCUCAGGGACCUCAACAACGAGGUAGACUCGCUUCGCCGCGAGAACGCUGUCCUCCGAUCUGCAAACACCGAUUUGGUCAAGCUUCUGUCGUCCCCGGCAGCUCUCCACAACUUCCUCAAUGCCUCCACCUAUCUGAACACUUUCAUGGCCGAUGAGUUGAAGCCACUGGGAGUGGGAGUAUUUAGUCCUCGUGAUGGCGACGAGGCCUCCGAUAUCAGCCCCACUAGCGUCAUCAUGGAGCGCAACCGCUUCAAUGCCGACCGGUUCUCACUCCCGAAAAGCAUUUCGGUUCGCUCCAGCGGUUACAAAAAGGUGAACCCAUCAUUUGGUGCCAACCAACUGCUGCAGGAUGGUCCUGCAAGGGUACCCAAAGAGGGGAGUAGUGGCGCAAUGCAAGUGAAAGUGAAGGCUUAUAACCAAGGGAUGUUGAAGACGGAGCUUUGCAACAAGUGGGAGGAGAGCGGCGCGUGCCCUUAUGGAGACAACUGUCAGUUCGCUCACGGCGUUAGAGAACUGCGUCCGGUGAUGAGGCACCCGCGCUACAAGACCCAGAUCUGCAGGAUGGUCCUCACCCGCGGGACUUGUCCCUACGGUCACCGCUGUCACUUCCGCCACUCCCUCAACGACCAACAUAGAUGAUCAAGGCGCAGUUUCAUAAGUUUGGUAUUUAAGAAAUAUUAUUCAAUCACUUUGGGAUAAUAAUAGUAACAAUUACCAGGAGGUAAUCAAUUGUUUAUAUCUGAUAUGAUUGCUUUUAUAGUGUUUUUGAUUUGUUAAUUUUUUUUUGUUUUUGAUUUGUUAAUUACAUCUCCUUUGUUGCACAUGAAAUUAUUAUUUUUGUGAAGAUGAACCUCUGAUCGAUGUAAAUCAUUCUCUGAUCAAUAAAGAAAGUUACAUUUCUGUC